AAGAAAGGAAAUGGGACCUUUGGUUUGUGUCAGUCUUUGCCUGCUUGGCAUCUUCAUGAGAGCCACAGAAGCUGAUACUUGUGCAAGGGGAUGGCUGCAAUACCAAGGCAACUGCUAUGGGUUUUUCCACAAGUUGCUGAGUUGGCAUGAAGCUGAGAUUGACUGUCAAAGCUAUGGCCGUGGGACCCACCUUGCAUCUAUACUCACUUGGACAGAAACCCUCAUUGUGUCCAAGCACAUCUCUGCUUACAAGAAAGAAAAACAAGUGGAUGUCUGGAUUGGACUCCAUGACACUCGCCAUACUGGGAUGUGGAGAUGGUCUGAUGAAUCAACAUAUAACUACAGCAACUGGAUGGGAGGGGAACCCAACAAUCUGUGGAAUUCUGAAUACUGCGUAGCUCUAAGAGCCUCAACAGAACAUAAAGGAUGGAUUGAUGCUGUUUGCAAGAAACCGAAAGCAUACCUCUGCAAACAUGAAAUCUAGA